AAAAAUACAAGUCUUACUGUGAGACUGUUACUGUACACCUGUGAGUUACAAUGACUGCUAUAUAUCACACACAUAAAUAUAGUCUGGCUAUAAAGAAGCCAUCUGUUUUGCUGUGUAUUACAUUGACAAAAAAUGACUUGCUGCUGGAAAUCAUUAGUCUUCUUAUUCUUCAUUCCUUUUCUGUUGUUCUUCUUAUCUCCAUCCACUGUUGCCUCUUUUUCUUCGGAUGUGAAGGCUUCUACCUCUGUUAAAGUUAAUCUUUCUGUCUACUAUGAAACUCUUUGUACAUCUUGUGCAAAUUUCAUUGUCAAGAACCUCAUGAGUAUAUUCAAUAAUGGCCUCAUUGACAUCAUCAGUCUCAGGAUGGUACCUUGGGGUAAUGCUCAUAUCAACAGAGUUGACAAUUCCAUGGUUUGUCAGAACGGUCUUGAUGAAUGCGAGUUAAAUACUAUUCAUGCCUGUGCCAUCAAUGUCUGGCAUGAUGUGAACAAAUAUUAUGCUUUGAUAUACUGCAUUGAGUUCCUAGCCAUUGAGGGAAGGCAUCGGAAUUGGCAAACUUGUUUCGACUCACUGGGCUUGCCUGCAAAAUCUGUUUUGGACUGCUACAACAAUGGCACAGGAACAAAGCUUGAAGUCGAACAUGGUUAUGAAACUGCACAUCUUGAUCCCCCUCAUGCUUUUGUGCCAUGGGUUGUUGUGAAUUAUCAACCACUUGGAAAUGACUAUAAGAAUUUUACAACCUAUAUAUGCAAUGCUUACAAAGGCAUUGUUAUACCUAGUGUCUGCAAAUUGCCUGCAGCAAAGAUCAACUCAAUUAAGGAAGCAAGUCCAGUCCGUCCAGUCUGCUGCAGAGGUGACGCUAAGAACUUGACUUCUUUGAGACCAAUAAAGAGAAAAUCAAGGAAAGCUUUCCAAAAGGAGGUUUCUGAAGGAUUCAGGGGCUGAAAUAUGAUACUCAUAUUCACGUUACAGACUGAAUGGUACUAUUUGAAAUGAUGAAUGUUGCUUUUCCAUCAACCUGUGGUUUGACACUGCUGAAAAACUGAAACUGUUAAAGUGGCAGUACACUUCAUUUCCAUUGUAAAAUAUAAAAUUACAUAGUUCAGGGCCUUGACUUGCACUUCACUGAAGUCCAUGUAGAUUGUUGGGGAAUAAGACUAGGGAAGUUCUCUUUUCUAAGCAA